CAGGCGCCACGGCCACACGUGCUGCAGACGUCGCAGGAGCGCCCGUGCGUCGCGUUGCGGAGGGCCGCAGGUGCCACUUGGAGACUUCUAUGCGUGGUUAGAACACGAACUCUCGUACACGGCCACUUACGUUUCAAUAAUACGGAAUCAUCGACAUGACACCCGCUUAAUCAUACUGACAAUCGGAUUACAGGUUCCUGCGUCAGCGAACUGUGGAUCUCAUUUGGCUCAACUCUUUUUCACUCCAAAAUGAUGUGAUGAGACCUCAAACGAAGGAUUUAUUGACAUUCAUGGUGAAAAAAAAUUUUUUCGUAUAAUCUGAAAACUAGAAACCAUGCAAAUAAUAACUUCUACGGAACGCUUGCUCUGUGUCAGUACUCAGCAGUCAAAAAUAUAUGAUUGACAUUGGAAAGUACAGUCUUCCACAGCCUGCUCAAUAUCCGUUAUAAGAGUUGUGUAUGACGUGCUUUACUGUAAUGUCGCUGCCAAGAGUACUUGUUAACAAAAUCAAUCCGCCAUAGUAACUGAUCAGCGACCAGUCUGAAUCGAAUUUGUACUGUAGCCGACAAGAACGCACCAAAAAUAUCUGAACUGUACCGCGGUCAUUCCGCCACUUACUGUCACAUUUCAUGUGUAUUAGUGGCCAGGGCAGUCAGCGAAAUCAUUUUAAGAUGUGAUUCUUCACUGGGGGACCGCGAGUUCUGGUAGACGAGUUCCGAUGGAGACAGGGAGGACAGCAUUCGACGACAGAGGGCUCUGCGGGAGCCACCGCCGCCAUGCCGCCCUGCACCACUGGCAGUGACAUGGACAGUUUAAUCCGCGUGGAGACGCCGUCGAGUCUGGACUCGAACAACAACCCCCCAGAAAACCUCAUCUGCCCGGAGACCACCUGCAGCGAGGGGAAAGAACUGGUGAACGGACUGUCGGGUUCCGAUUCGGUUGCCGAGGAGGCAGCGGUCGGAGAGGGGCGGAAAGGGAGAUACUCUCUGAGGCCGCGCUCGCUGCUCAGGCCGCAGAUCACCGAGUACGUCGUCGACGAGUGUGCGGUAGCAGGGGGCGGCGGAGACGAGCGGGAAGAGCCGUCGCAGCCGUGCGAGGGCGGCGCCGGCAGGAGGGGCGGCGGGGGCGGCAGGAGGGCGCGGCGCCAGGCGCAGCCGCUCAGCAGGUACCGCCGCAGGACGGCCAACGCCCGGGAGCGCGAGCGCAUGCGAGAGAUCAACGCCGCGUUCGAGGCGCUGCGGCGCGCGCUGCCGCCCGGCCACCCCCAGGAGCUGCAGGAGCAGGCCGGCGACAAGGUCACCAAGAUCGCGACGCUGAGGCUCGCCAUCCGCUACAUCGCCGAGCUGACGCGCGCGCUCGAUGCCGUCUCCUCGGCGCAGCUGCCGGAGGAGCCGGACUGCGGUCCCCAGAGGGCGCUGCCGCCCGUCUCGUCACUGCUCACGCUGACUGCCGGCCCGCUGCUGGGGCUGCGGGACGACGACAGCCCGCUGCCGCUGCCACUGUGUCUGACGCCGCCUCCCGGCCUCGAUGACCUGUGCCUCGAACCGCGGUGACACCCACUGUUCUCGAAACUAUUGGACGUCGCCUGCAUGAAUCAUGAGUGGCUCUUCGACUGCUCGGACGAAUGGCACCUGAUUCCACACGUCAGCACAGACGCUUUCACUGGGUGAUUGUUGGUGCUGUCGCUAAACAUCCAGAAUACAAGACAGAUUGCAAAUGUGUACGUGGUACCACUGCCUGAGUUUCAAGUGUUCGACGUGAAAAAUUUAAGACAUAUUACGACUGCUCUCGGCAGACCUAGAGAUAACACUUUAUCUGUGAGACAAUAUAUGAACUUCCCUCUCCGAUUUUGUGUGAGCACCUCAGUGCUUGUAGAAAUGACUCAACCAAAUAAAUUUGAAUACAAAAGUAA